AUGAGAACGUGACAAAACAUUAACUAAAUUCAUCGAAAAAACCAUUUUUAUUUAAAAAAAUAUUUUUUGAGAUUUGAUGCUCAUUUUUUAUUUAUUUACAUAGUGAUGAAUAUUGUCAUAGUUACGGCGUGGUAGAACAUUCUGCGCGUUUCGUUAUUCGCCUUUUCACAGCAAAAUAUACUUGUUAAAGAUUCUUGUUGAAUAAAGUCAAUAUUACAUUAUACACCAAAAUAAUUAUAAGUUAAAAUGGAAGACAUGAAUGGAGAGCUUUAUGGUGAUGGCUUACUAAGCCUGGGGGAUGAGGGUUCAUUGGAGUCUACUGACAGUGGAAAACAGGAGCAAAAUUGUAACAUUUGCGACAAUAAAUUAUGCAGUCCUCGAGUUUUGUCAUGCCUUCAUGUAUUCUGUGAAGCUUGUAUUGACAAGUUAAUGGUCAAUGAAGCAGGUGAUUCAUUGAAAUAUGAUCUAGCAGUGGAAUGCCCAAUAUGCAAACAAGAGACUAAGAUAUCUGGCGGUGGAGCAGCAUCACUUCCAUCUGACUAUCUCAUUACCAACAUUUUAGAUGUUUCUGCUAUGGAUCAAUCAGUUGUUUGUACUUGCUGUAAGAGUAAGGAACCAGCUGUUGCUAGGUGUACCGAUUGUUCUCAUUUUUUGUGUUCCAAUUGUAACUCUGCUCAUGAGUUCAUGAGGUGCUUUGAAAAUCACCGCGUCGUUCCAUUUGAUGCACUCAGAUCUUCAAAGGAGAAGGCAGCUGUCCAUAAGCCCAUCUUUUGCACUCGCCAUGUUGGGGAAAGUCUUAAAUUUUAUUGUUGUGAAUGCGAUGUCGGUGCGUGUUCUGAAUGCCUAACUGUAGACCAUAAAGUUGGCGAGCACCGUUGUGAACGAAUAGUUGAUGCUGAACCCAACUUGCGUCUAGAAUUACGAAACUUAAUAAUGGAAGGUAACGCUCGUGCAACUGCCGCUGGUGGUGCAUCAGCGAGGCUUGAUGAUGCUUUAGGAGAUUUACAACGUCAACGUGAUGAAGCUGAAGGUAUUAUCAAUGAAGCAUUCCAGGCGUAUAAAGAUGCUUUAGAAAGACGCCGUGAAAAGGCUCUUGAAGAACUCGAACGUUUACACAAAGAAAGAGAGCUUAAAGUAAUGGAUCUAUUUGAUCGUGUCGAUAAGACUGUUCAACGCAUCGAUUGUGCUUGUAAAUUCGCGGCAAGACUCCUUCGUCGGGGAGAUGGUACAGAAAUAGUUAUGUUGAAGAAGACUGUGGCUUCCCAGUUUACACGCUUGCUCGAAGGCGCUCCUGAAUUUGAUGUGGAUUAUUCACUGGAGUUUGUAACUAAGAUUGAUAAGUUUGAUACUAUCACCGAAGAAACAUUUGGGGUGUUUAGAACAGAAGCUACCAAAGCCGAAGAGCGUAAACGUGCCAGUGAAUCUUCUGCUAUUGUGUCUAUCACAUCUAAUUCACAUUCGCCUGCUGUAUCUGUAACUAAUGCACCUGUAUUUGAUGAUUAUCCUUUAGGCAAUGUACGUCGAGUAACUGGCGUCGGCAUUGUGGGUGUUCCUGGUGUGGGUUCAGUACCAAAUAUGGGUGUUCCAGGAGUGGGAUCUGUCCCUGGCGUAGGUGCAGUUGCAAACUCCAGUGUCAUGCCUGGAGUAGUAAAUGUUAAUAGUGCUCCUGGUGUGGGACCUGUUGCUGGGGUAGGUGGCGUACCAGCUUUGCCUUCAAUGGUGGAAUAUAAUUUGCAACAACUGGCCAGCAUUGCAGAAAAGGAUGUGCCUCCAACCCCUCAUGCAUCUCCAGCUUCUUCAUUUACUCUAGCUGAAUUGUUGGCUGGAGACUUGAAUUCUCCUCAAGCUUAUAACAAUUUGCAAGCACUUGCUAAGCUGGGAUUGAAUACUGAAGUAAAUGGCUUUGGGGGUGUCGGUGGAAUCGGGGGUGUGGGUCCUCGUGGCGUGUCACCUGGACGGCCUUUAUUAACUGCUGCUGAAGAGGCAGCCCUCGUUGCUCCACCAGCGCCGCUUGUUCGUGCAACUAAGGCUACACCUAUGCAUAUAAGAUUUAAAUUCGGUCAGCUUGGUGGCGGCAAAGGACAAUUUAAUUCGCCACAUGGAUUUUGCCUUGGAAAUGAUGAGGACAUUAUUGUUGCAGAUACAAAUAAUCAUCGCAUAACAGUAUUUGAUAAGUCUGGAAAUCACAAGUUCAAUUUUGGCGUGGCUGGUAAAGAAGAGGGUCAACUAUGGUAUCCACGCAAAGUAGCAGUCGUUCGUGCAACUGGAAAGUUUGUUGUCUGCGAUCGUGGUAAUGAAAGGUCCCGCAUGCAAAUCUUUACAAAAAACGGUCAUUUUUUGAAGAAGAUUGCUGUGCGCUUCAUUGAUAUAGUAGCUGGGCUGGCAGUCACUGCUGAAGGAUUAAUCGUCGCGGUUGAUAGUGUAACACCUACUGUUUUUAUUCUGUCUGAGGAAGGUGAUCUCAUGAGCUGGUUUGAUUGUAGCGAAUGUAUGAGGGAGCCUUCGGAUAUUGCAAUUAGUGGUAAAGAAUUCUAUGUGUGCGAUUUCAAAGGUCACUGCGUUGUUGUGUUCGAUGAUGAGGGUAGAUUUUUGCGCCGCAUAGGAUGCGAGAAUGUGACCAAUUUUCCGAAUGGCAUAGAUGUUUCGGAUGCCGGCGAUGUACUCAUUGGUGAUUCGCACGGUAACAAGUUCCACGUCGCUGUGUUUUCGCGUGACGGUGUACUGGUCACCGAGUUUGAAUGCCCCUACGUAAAGGUUUCUCGCUGCUGCGGUUUGAAGAUUACAUCCGAGGGGUAUAUUGUCACUCUGGCUAAGAAUAAUCAUCAUGUUCUAGUCCUCAACACUCUUUACAUUGUCUGAGGAGUAUUUUCAUGGCUGUAAGUCUGCAUACUACAAGAUCUCACAUUUAUUCCCUUUUAUAUUUAAUUGCUGUUUUUACAAAGCUUAUCAUUUUUGCUAAACCAGUAUUUACUACUUUUUUUCGUUAUUUUAUGUUUAAAUUCAUGUUAGUCUGAUUUUACGUUCUGUCCAUGUGCAGUGAGUCACAGCUAUCCCAUUUUUUAAGCUUCAUAUACAUUUUUUUCUAUUUGUGGCAUUUUAGAGAGAAGCAUUGUACUACUGCUUAUGGAUAGAUUAUACAAGUCAUUAUUUCCAAAGUACUGAAUGAUUGAGUAUUUUGGGUUUUAUUCCUCUUUCAUUUUGCAUUUAGUUAUAGUAACGGGAAAUCCAAAGUUUAGUAUAUAAUAUUAUUUGUCUUAUAUUGUAAUGUCCAGGCAGGAGUUAAUUAUUAUUUAAUUUGGUUCUGGGUGCUUAGUUUUUGGUCCUAAAUAUGAUAUUUGUCGCUAUUGAGGUUUUAUAGUAGUUAACAAUUUAAAGCCAUAGUAAAAUUAAGAACUACAUUAGUACUAUGGCUAUAUUAAAAAUUUUAAUGUUAGUCCUAAAUAUAUAUUGACAAUAUUAUUAUAUUACAUUAUAUUUAUGGGAAUGUUUAUCUUAUUUUAGGACUCGAAAUUACCAUCCUACCAAAUUUACAACCAGAAAUAUAACACAUCUAUUGACUGGACUGUUAUAAAUAUUGUGUUUCUAAAUUAGCAGCUGGUAUGGUGGUUCCUAGUUCGAGUGAAGUUUAAACAUGUCAAUUAGGGGACUGCGUGGGAGUGUCGCCUCAUGAAACUUAAAUGUCGCCCAAUAUACGUACACUGUUUUAAAAUAAUUGACAAAGUUUUAGAAAUUAGCAAUUUGUUUGAUAGUGAACAAAUACGAACGCACAAUUUGAGUUCAUCGUAAUAAAAUUUUAGUGUUGUUAAAGACCAAAGGAGGCGACACUAAUAUAACGUGCCAUCUAGUUUAGGUUAAUCUCGUAUACAAUAUUAUUAUAUAUUGUCCGUUAAAAUAUAUUUACCAUUUACAGAAUUCUUGUGUCUAUACAAAAUGUUUUUCAUGUACUCUUGUUUUGAGAGCCUAUUACAUAUUUGAAAGGUUUUUCGUGAGUAGGCUAUUACGAUAUACAUACUUAAUAAAAUUCGGUUCAGUAGUAGGGGGAAGCUGCUUUAUAACGUUGCAAUAAAUUUGUACAAUGUAUCUGGGAUAGUUGAACAAAGUAAGAUAUAUAAAGUUUGGGGGCAUCUUCAUGUAUAUAGCUUAAUAUGAAUAUUGUUGUAUUUGUUUAUUGUAAUUUAAUUUGUUGGGAUUGAUACAUUUUCAAUUUAGUGCAGUAAUGUUGUUUGUCACAACACCUGUCACAAAUGAAACGCAAGAUUACACUAUACGAAUUUCAUAGAUCUUCUAUGUUGAAAAAUUUACUUGUUGCAUCUGCUGUAUGGAUGAGUAAUUUACCCACCGCACCAAGACUAAUCAUCCCAACUUGGCUGUAUACAUGAAUUUGCUAAUAAAAAAGUAUUUUAUUUCUAUAGAAAAGUCGACACUAUAUUGUCGCUAAAAUAUUAAUUAUAUACAUAUUUUUUAUAACUAUCCACAUUUAAAUUCAAAAUUGGGAAUCAUAGUAUUAGGUACAUAUAUACGAAUAAUAAAUAUUAUGGUUGAUCUGCGGUUCACAAAAUGCGACACUAUAUAUAGAUCUUCAUUAUAGAUAGUUCGUCCCGUUGAAUCAUUAUUAUUAUAGGAUAUUAUAAUUAAAUAUGGGACAUUUUUCAAUGUAGACACAUCGAUAAUAAUAUGGUAAUAGAUCUAUAAUAAUUUGUAAUUCACAAGUAAUGGUCAAAUACAAUUUAAAUUUAAAUAUAAUAUACAAUGUAAUUUCGUAAUUUCAUAGUCUUCCAACUCUAAUUAGGCUUUUUCGACGAAAAUUAAAAUAACUACAUAUUUGAUAUAUAUACUCAUUAUCGCUUUUUUCUUAUAAAUAACAAUGGUUUUACUAGCAAGAAAGUUAAGGUGAGCCAAAAUUCAGCCAACGAAAUUUAUAUAGGUAUAUAACAUAUCUAAAGCUCACUAUCCGUUGUACAUGACCAUUAUUUUGUUUUGCAAAAAAUACCAUUUUGGAAUAGUACUUAACUCAGACCACCUAAAAUUAAGUGUGAUAUUUUAUAGCUUAUGUUAAUUUGUCAUGUUAUUAUAAAGCUCUCUAAAUUUUAUGCGUUUAGCUUCAAAAUGUAGUGAUUUAAAUGUUACUAUAAUAUAAAUUUAGUUUUCAUAUGCAUAGUUUCGUUAUGUUGAUCGUUCAACUGAAAAGACAAGAAUAAAAUUUUUUAUCUAAUGUUCAACACUUAUGCAUUGUGCUUUAAAGGUGUAGAAGAAAGGUUAGUACUUAUCGAAUCACGGAACUAUAUUACAUAGUUUAAUGGUUGAAUAAUAUAAAAAUGUUCACUUGUUAUAUCUUUAAUAGCGUAUACAUAAUUCACGGCUUGAAAGGCGUCUUAUUAGGGUCACAAUCGUGUUAUAUCCGCAGUUGUUAUAUAUAAACUUAUUUCGUAAUUGUCUUGUCUUUGAUGCUGGACGGUUACCUAUGCAUUUUGAUGAUGUAUUAAACACAGCAGAAAUAUUUGGCACAUUUAAUCGUAGUUGCUGAGCCAUAUUAUUAUCAUUAAAUAUAUUUAUUGUCGUAACAUGUUCGAAACAUAGUUUUUAAAUUAAUACUUGUACUUAAUUAGCAAUAGGUAUUUAUUUUAUUUGUUGUUGGAACAGAUUUACAAUAUUUGAAACAUUAGCAACAUUUAAUGUGAUAUGAGCAAUAAUAGAGAGACAUUAUGGAACAACAAUUUAAGAAUAGCAAAGACACUAUGACUUGUAACCGCGGUAUGGGGGCGUGGGAAAUUGGGCGUAGAAACGCGGUAGGGCCGUCGAUGGAGAGCCAGUGAUAUGUUAAACAUUGACGUUUGAGUCUGAAUCCUCUAUUGAUUAGUGAGUAACUUUUGGGUUUAUUUUUCAUAUUGUUUUUAAGUUAUUUGUUUCAGGAUUUUUGUCCCGAUAGCAUUAGGGAAUUUUAUUUUCUUUAUUUUAAAUAGGUUUAAAAUAAUGAGUCUACAUACCCCUCGCGGAUGAGUAGGUGUGAUUAAUACUCUAAUAUUCAUUUUAUUGUUUUGUUUAAUUAUAUGUUCUGGGCCUAUAUUUGAAUAGUAUUUUUGGCCAGUGUGUUUAGGCCUUUAGAGUUACGAAUUUUUACUGCCAAAUUAUUUUCUUACGAUAUUUGUGCAUGCACAUAGUAAUUAUUUUAUUGUAUGAUAUUUUUGUAAAAUUAGUCACUAAUUGUUGCCAAUUUUUUUGUUUUAUUAUUAAUAUUCAGGGUUUAUAAUAUAAUGUUCAUUUUUAAUUUGUUGUCAUUGAUCAAAAUUAUUGUGUGUUAGUGAAGUAAAAUUAACCGAAAUAGAACUUAUUAUUGCCCCAAAGGGAGCGUUUGACGCUAAUAAUAAAUAUUGCUUUAGGGUUGCAUAAAAAUAUUAAAAAAGUGGUGUGAUAAGUUUUGGAUAAUUUUACAAAUUAUACUAUUUUAUGUGUGAAUUCCAAUAUUAAUAAAUUUAAAAGUUGAAAUGUCAUUAUAUAAUUAUUACUAUUAUUAUAAAUAUAUGUAACUUCCCAAAUAAAUGCAAUGACAUUGAUAUUCUUAUAUUUUAAAAGUAUUAUAGUUUAUAUUAUUUACAUCUUGAAUUAAUUGAUGUUAUCUCAUUGACAAUGUUUCCUUUGUUCUUGCCAUAUAUCUUAUGUAGAGAAUCGUCAACGUAGACGUUUUUGUAGGAAUUAGUAUUUUUCAAUUCUAUAUACACAACAUACCUAACAGUAUCACAAGUUUGCCUAUAUGGUGGUGUUGUUUAGAAAUGUUUAUUAGUGGUUGGCGCGGGCACGGCGGGUAUUCGCCAUGUCUGCUUGGCUGUAUAUUCUUGCCGUAGCAAGUAAGCACUAUGUCAUGAGAUAAUGGCAGGUCAAAUGGUAUUUAUUGUCCAUUGACAUUACUUGAUAAUAAUUGUAUCAUUAGAGUACAUUACAGUAGCCUUUCUCGGGAAUCUUAAAAGUUACCUAUAUACACUUUAAAGCAAUUUUUGGUAAAUAUAUUUCUCUUGAAUCUAUAUUCCCUUAUGUAUCCAGCAAUAAAUUACUUCAGUAGUUGUGUAGUAUCGCUUUAUAUGGCGCUGAAUAUCGCGAUUUUCUUGACAUCACGAAUGUUGGUAAUGAAAGUGAAGACGAGUGGGCCGGUUAGGUAUGUGUAGCGAGUUAGGAGGUAGCUUAUUGUAGGCUUGGAUGUCAAGGACGUCUGCACUCGGUGCCAAGUAAAGUGAUAGUUGUAGGGUUCGCAGCGCACAAGGUGAGCUCUAAUGUUACCCUCCCUAUUGGAGGUGGGCGUAUUGCCUAUGUUGUGGCACCAAGCACAGCUAGAUGGUUUCGGUGGAGUUUUGUGGCAUUAACGAUUCAAUUGUUUAUUACUUAUGUACGUGUUACUUGACUGUGGGUAGGAUUUAACAUUAUAUUUUCAUCUGAUCAAUUUAUUCCUUUAUGUUGAAAAUAGCAUGCUCAAACGGUUGAUGGUGUAACUUAACUCUUACCCACCUUAUAUGUUUCGUAUCCGCUGUUUUUUAAAAAAAACAACAUAAAUAAUAAUAAGGUUGUGAGCUCUAUUCCCAUUGGAAUUUUAAGCCACAUGUGUGCUUGUGCAAUAAUAUCACAGUUUGGAUCUAGGCUUUUAAAUUAUUAUAGAUUAUAUACAUUGUUGAGCUGAUAUAAAAAUUUAAUAUAUUAUUAUACCUUUUAAUAUUGUUAAAGAAUUCUAAUUGCAUUCCACAUCUUAGAGUGAACGAAUUUGAGAUGACCGUUUUCAGUCUACAUUAUACAAGUUAUUUUUUUUACAAUUGUAGGAUUAUUAGCAGUUGCCAAUGUUUUUCCUUUAGUCAGUAAAAGUACAAAUAUUUUAAUAUACAAUUCUUGGUAUUUACGUAUUGUAGUGAUCUUAUUUUUAAUUGUUUCUAUAACUGUAAGCAUAAUUUUUUUCACAUAAGCAGCCAUUUAGAUAUUUCUUAUUUCACAAAUUAUUCAGUAAAUAACAAAACAUAUCAUGCCGAAUCAAUUGGGUUUUCAUUGAAAUUGUGAUUGCAACUCCCAGAAUUUUCCUAUUUGGCUUAGAUAUAUGUUAAAAAUGGCUAUUUUUUGUUUUUAAAUUAGUUUUAAGUGUAUUAUAGGUCUGAAUUAAGUUUCUUGUCAUCUUUUUUUUUUUUGUUGAAAAUGUGAAAAUUAUCGUAAUUUAGCGUGAAAGAUGCAUGUUUGAAAUGCAUAUUUUAAUUUUGAUCCAAAGAUUGUUUUAUUCCUUUAAUUUAAUUAUUAUUAAUUCUUAAAAAUGACAUUUGUGGAGUGUGCAUUGGUAUUUGAUACUAGGAUUAACAUGAUUUUUCUGUAGAGUUGGUGCAGCCGAGCAAAUCUCUACUAUAUUCUAUUAAGAAUAUAUUGCUCAAUAAUUUUAUUCUGUUAAAAGUAUUUUAAAGUUAGGAGUAGUCCACAUGGACGUGUUUUGUGUGACUGUGGACUUCAGCGACAAAAAAUUAUAUAUCUAACAGACAAUACCCUCCGUAUAUAUUUGAAAACAUUGUAAACGUUGAAGUUUUAUUAGAUGUAGUUGUUUGCCUUCAAGGCAGCAUGCCGCCGAGUGCACGCUGCAGGGGCACCAGUAGCAUCAGCACAUAGGAGUAUCACUGCCUCUGAAACCAUUAUCCUAUACUGCUUGCUGUAGAUUGCUCUGUAAGCUUGAGGUUAAUAUUUUCUCAUAUACUUAAUACAAACAAUGUACUUAGCGAGACGACAGUUGUAGAUAAUGUUUUCAGCACGUCUUGUGUGAUGGUGUUUACUGUAUGAUUGUACCAUUUUGCCCCACAGUCAACGAAAAUUGUUAUGUAAUCCAUACAGGAGUCUCUGCUGCAUUGUGCCUAGAUCUUAGAAGUUAAUGUGGUAUCAAGGUAGAGUUAAUCUCAAGUAUUUUGGCUCUUUGAAUAUUCCAUGAUAUUAUUUUGUUUUUCAUGAAAAUGUAUUUACAUUAUAUACAUACACUUAGUAAUAUUAUUGUAUACAUGAAUAUACAUUGCGUGGUUUGUAAUUUGAUGUUUAAUUUUAUUGUGAAAUAAGAUGCCCAACUGGUUGUCUGUCCACCACAUUCGGAAACUGGCGGAAUUGAGUCUUUAAUUUAUAGGCCAUACUAGACAUCGUGUCCGAAGAGAUUUAUCCGAGUCAUUUGUGGACAGAGAGAAUUUAUUUGAACUAGUUGCACAUCUUACUUUGACCAAAUUCAAACACCGCUGAAAUUACAUGAGAAUUGUGGAUAUUUUGUCCCGUUGCACUUCUACUUUUUGUUUUUAUGGUGGGUGCAAAUUUUCACGUGAUCUUAGCGGUGUCUUAAUAAUUAUAAGUUUAUUAUUGUGAACUGUGGCCAGGAUAACAACAGCAUAGAGCAGUGUAAUUCAGAGCCUGCCUAAAAUAUAUUUUUGUCAUGAUUUUAUUUAGGUAUAUACAUGUUAUUAUUCACAUAUUACAGUUUUCUCAAUAUUAGCUUGUAUUUUAAUUAAGAAAUAAUCAUAUUUAACAUUGCCAGGUGAUCAGCAACCUGCACUUUAAUAUUUUUGGAAACUAUUGAACUUAAAUUGUACUGACUUUAUAAAUAUAUUUACUUCAAUAAAGAUUUUCCA